CUACUUUGAAGUCUACCAACAUCGAUCUAAAAUAUAAUUGUUGCAUUGUAUCAUCCAAAUUGAAUUGAACAUAUAACUACGUGACUUGUGAUUGGGUCAAUCAACUAUUUUGUCCAAAUUGGAUAACUCUUGGUUGCAAUAGCUUUGCCAUUCAAAUAUGGCAGACAUUGCUCUCUCCGUUGCAGCCAAGGUUUCAGAAUAUUUGGUCAAGCCUUUACUACACCAUGCUCGUUACAUGUUCGGUUUCAACAAAAUCGUUACAAAUCUUUAUGAUAAAAAAGACAAGUUGAUAUUAACCCAAAAGAGUGUGAAUGAACACAUGAAAGAAGCCAGAAGGAAAACCGAAAUAAUUGAGGAAUCUGUAGAGAGGUGGAUGAAUGAUGUGAAAAAUGUCUUAAAAGAUGUAGAAAAGUUGGAAGAAAAAACUAAAGAAAACAAGGGGUGUUACCGUGUACCUUUGCAAUACUUUCUAGCAAAAGAAGUAGAAAAUGCGACAGAGAAAAUGAUGAAUCUAAAUAGCUGCAACUUUGAGCCAUUUUCUAGACGCACUGAACUUCCUGGCAUGAAAUACUUUUCAUCCAAAAACUUUGUGUAUUCCAAGUCCACUGAGCAUGCUUAUAAUAAACUCAUGGAGGCAUUGAAAGAUAGAAAAUAUCACAUGAUUGGAUUUCAUGGGAUGGGAGGAUCUGGUAAAACCACUUUGGUGAAAGAGGUUGGCAAGAAAGCUGAGGAGUUGCAACUUUUUGACAAAGUUGUUAUGGCUGUUGUCUCUCACAAUCCAGAAGUGACAUAUAUCCAAGGUCAAAUUGCAGACAGUUUGGAUUUGAUAUUGAGGGAAGAGUCACCAAUUGGUAGAGCACAAAGACUUUCAACAAGUUUACAAAACGAGAGGACUCUUGUGAUCUUAGAUGAUGUGUGGGAGAAUCUUGAAUUUGAAGCCAUAGGGAUUCCACCCUGUUGCACUGUCUUGUUAACUACUCGCGGUCGAGAUGUAUGCGUGUGUAUGAACUGUCAAAUUACAGUUGAGUUGUCUCUCUUGGAUGAGGAGGAAGCAUGGACUUUGUUUAAAAGGUGUGCAGAUAUCAUUGAUGACUCGCCAUAUGCCUUGAAGUUGAAGAAUGUGCCAAGGAAAAUUGCUAAAAAAUGCAAAGGACUCCCGAUUGCAAUUGUGACUAUGGCAAGUAUGUUAAGAGGAAAGAGAGUUGAAGAGUGGGAGUUAGCAUUGCUUAGACUAGAGGAAACACAGACAAUAGAUGGUGAAGAAGUACUGAGUAGUUGUUAUGCAUGUAUCAAGUUAAGCUAUGACAAUUUGACAAAGCAAGUGUCUAAAAAUCUCUUCUUAUUGUGCUCAAUGUUUCCUGAAGACUGGGAGAUCAAUGUGGAAGAUUUGGUUAGGUACAUUAAGGGACUUGGACCAGCUGCUGGGACUAUUGGCACAAUGGAGAAAGUGAGGAGAGAGAUACAAGUGACCUUGCUCAUCCUCAAAGAUUCAUAUUUGUUGCAACAAUGUGGCAAAAAAGAAUUUGUGAAAAUGCAUGACUUGGUUCGUGAUGCAGCCUUAUGGAUUGCUUCCAAAGAAGGUAAAGCAAUUAAGGUACCUACCAAAACAUUGGCAGAAAUAGAAGAAAAUGUAAAAGAGUUGACUGCAAUAUCCUUAUGGGGCAUGGAGAAUCUUCCUCCUGUUGAUCAAUUGCAGUGCCCGAAACUCAAGACUCUUCUACUUCAUUCCACGGACGAAUCGUCUUUACAAUUACCAAAUGCAUAUUUUGGAAAGAUGCAAAUGCUGGAAGUCUUGGGGAUUACAAAAUUUUACUACACGUGGCGCAACUUGUACACCCUGCGCUACUUGAGUUCAUCAUUGUCUAUCUUAGCCAUGCCACAAUCGAUAGAAAGAUUAACCAUGCUUCGAGAUCUUUGUCUAAGAGGAUAUGAAUUAGGCGAUAUCUCUAUACUGGCAAGCUUAACAAGACUCGAGAUUCUCGAUCUACGUAGUUCAACUUUCGAUGAACUGCCACAAGGAAUCGCAACUUUGAAGAAACUAAGACUACUGGAUAUAUACACUUGUCGCAUCAAGAAGAGCAACCCUUAUGAAGUGAUAAUGAAGUGUACACAGCUAGAGGAAUUGUAUAUGUGGAGAGUUGAAGAUGAUUCUUUACAUAUUAGCUCUUUACCGAUGUUUCAUAGGUAUGUAAUUGUAUGCGACAAGUUCAGAGAAAACUGUAGAUUUCUCAUAGAUGCUUAUCUAGAGGACCAUGUGCCAUCAAGAGCAUUAUGCAUAGACCAGUUUGAUGCCUCAGCUCUUAUUCAUGAUUCAUCUUCAAUCAAAGAUUUGUUUAUGAGAUCGGAACACCUUUACUUGGGGCAUCUUCGAGGAGGAUGCAAAAACAUCGUCCCGCACAUGGACCAAGGAGGAAUGACCGAGCUGAUCGGUCUAAUACUCGAGUCUUGUUCAGAGAUAGAAUGUCUCGUUGAUACUACAAAUACCAAUUCUCCAGCAUUCUUUGAGUUGGUUACCUUGAAGUUGAUAUGCAUGAAUGGUCUUAAACAAGUUUUCAUUGAUCCAACUUCCCAAUGCUCUCUUGAAAAAAUAGAAGACCUGCAGAUAGAGUAUUGUACACAACUGAGUAGCAUAUCUUUUCCAAGGAAAUCAAAUAUGUGUAAUCUUAAGAUUCUCAGACUACAGUGGUGUCCAAUGCUAACAUCAUCACUUUUCACACCCACCAUUGCUCGAAGCUUAGUGCUACUAGAGGAAUUAAAAUUAUUUGAUUGCAGCAAGUUGAAGCAUAUCAUAGCAGAAGAGUAUGUGGAAGUUGAGAAUGCUAAUUAUCCAAAUCAUGCCUUGAAAGUGUUCCCAAAUCUAAGGAUUCUUCAUGUGCAUGGAUGUCAAGGUUUAGAAUCGAUCUUUCCAAUCACUUUUGCUCAAACUCUAGAGAGAUUAGAGAAGAUAGUUAUAUGGUACAACUUUGGUUUAAAUUAUGUAUUUGGUACACACAAUGAUUACAAGAAUAGUAGCGGGAGUGAAACUAAGACCAACAUCAACCUCCUUGCUUUAAGAAGAAUCUCACUUGUAUCAUUGUUGAAUUUGAUUGACAUUUUCCCCUCAUAUUGUCAUCCAAAUUCACCAAAUUUGAAAGAGAUAGAAUGCAGAGAAUGUCCUCGCUUUUCAACCAAUGUACUGUACAAGACUAUGAUCGGUUCAGAUCAUCAGAAAGGUCGCAUGGCUACAGAGGAGAGAGUAAUAUUUCCUGAUAGUGGAGAACCAGUCCUAGCCCUGGAAUGUCUUACCAUUGAGAACUCUAUGGUACUAGAAGGUAUUUUUCAACUGCAAGCUGAAAAACAAUCGCCCUUGAACUCAAGCUUAUCUCAUUUAUGUUUAAAGGAAUUGCCUGAGUUGAGGCUUAUUUGGAAGGGUCCAAAAGAUAUCCUUACCCUUCAGAAACUUAAGAGUUUGGUUCUGGUUGGAUGUAGAAACUUGGAAACCAUCUUCUCUCCCACUAUUGUUGGAAGCCUUGCAGAGCUAAGUGAACUUGUUGUAAGCAAGUGCGAAAAAUUGGAGAACAUCAUUUGUUCAGAUCAAGAUGGAAACUUAUCUACCUUUUCAAAACCAGUGUGCUUCCCUCUACUGUCCAUAGUUCAUGUCUUUCAGUGCAACAAUUUGAAAUGCCUUUUCUCUCAUUCAUUGCCUUCUCCAUUUCCUGAACUGGAAUUUAUUACUGUAGAGGAGUGUUCUGAAAUAGAACAGGUUUUCUUUUUCAAUGAUGAUGAUAGAGGCCAACAUGUGACUGAAGAAAACAAACAACGUUUAAUUCUUCCAAAAUUGCGUGAGGUGAAACUCGUAUGUUUGCCAAACUUCACUGAAUUUUGCCGAGGGCCUUAUAAACUGCAGCAAAAUGUGAAGCAUUAUACAGUAAGGCACUGUCCCAAGUAUACUUAUGCCUGGUUUCCGACUGAAAAUCAGGAAUGGAAUCCAUUUUCCUCUAUACAUUUACAAUCAACUGGGGAUGUUUGGGAAAUGGGAUUAGGAUCAAGCUCAACUAGUACUUUUGCUGUUGCUACUAGUAACAGUGUUAACGAUCCUGAGAUACAAGAUAAGGUGAUCAAGUUGGAAACAAACUUAGAAUCUGAAAGACAAAGAAGAAGAUUGAUGGCGUUGGAGUUACAGGUUGAGAGUGAAAGGCGAAGACUAAUAGAACUGAAACUGGAAGCUGAGCAAGAAAGACGACGGAUCAUGGAAGAAACGUUGCUUUCUUUCUUUCAUAAAAUGCUUGGAAGGGUCCCUCAACAAUUUUCUUACCUUCUUUCUCAAACUCGAUUGGCACAAAAUGAAGAAAAUGAAGAUCAGACUUUAUUUGAUGUAUCCAUACAGUCCCUCUGAAUUAGUCAUAACUAAAAUAUCGUUAAGGAGAUAUUCUACAAAAGGCUUCUAGAAAUUUGUAUUAAACUUAAAUAAUGGCAAAGGUUGAUAGAACCGAAACUGGAAGCUGAGCAGUAAAGGCAAAUGAUCAGGGAAGAAGCAUUUCUUUCUGUCUUUCAUAAAAAGCAUGGAAAAUUCCCGAUGUAUUUUGCUGGCUUUCUUUCUCGAACUCCUUUGCCAGUUGAUUCUCCAUGGUUUUUUUCUUUUCUUUCUCGGCUUUGUAAUUCAGAUUUAAUCAGUGUUGAUAAAUAACGGCCAUAGCGGCACUAUAGUGUAGCGGAAUUCGUGCAAAUUGCUAUUGUUUUGUGAAACACCAUGUUAUCAAAUAGCAGCUAUAGUGGCGCUAUAGGAAUUUGAACAAAACUAUUUUUUGCGGUCCUAGAUCGAUAACAUUGGAUUUAAUGUAUAGGAAUUUGAACAAACAACUAUUUUCUGCGGUCCUAGAUCGAUAACAUUGGAUUUAAUGUAAAUUUCUCUCCACCAUUCCUUUCCACUAUUACAAAUUUAUUGUUCUAUUCCAAAAUAAUAAUAAUAUGAUAACUUUAACUACUACUAUAUAUGUAAUUUCUGACAUAGACUGAAAGAAAAUGGAAACCAUGCCUUCAUUCAAGUUUAUGCAUACAUACAUACAUACAUAUUCCUUAUUGUUAUGUUUAAAAGUUGUCUAAUGUCUGUGAUAGUUACUGGCCUAGUACUAUUCCACCAUAUCUUGUACAAUCUCUCCCUGAUUUUCCCCAGAACAAUCAGCUGUAAGUGACUUAAACUUUCCGAUUUGGAUUAUACGGCUCACAAAAUUACAGGUUUUUAUUUUAUUUAUGCAAAUAAGAUUUAAUGAGUUUUAAAUUUAGAUGGUCCAAUCUUGAUCAAGCGACUUCUGAUAUGUUAACUGCGUGACUCAUUCCCUCACUCCAUGAUGUCAUAUUUGGCAGAUUGUGUGUGGAUUAUCAUAAAAGUCAGUCUAUGAAAUUUCUUAGGAAAAAUGCAAACCGUCUUAACUUGGAAGGUUGGUUUAGUUAUCAUUAUAAAAAAUAGAAUUCUAGUUGAUGUGAUGUAAUGUGAGAUAACAAAUGAAAUGUCAACUGAUCCUUAAUUUUAUCUCAAUUUUUUAAAUUUUUUUGAGUUUGAAUUUGAAGUCGGCUUCUUGUUGUUUACAAUAUAAUUUAUAAUAUUAUAUUCUUUCUUCAUUUUAUUAACCAAAACGCGUACUUGAUGCCAUCUCAUAAUUUCCUGCACCUAGUUCCUAAAAAUAUAUGUAUAAGAAUACUUUUUCUUUAACAACUUUGACAUUAGUCAUUACUAAGUAAAAUCAAUCACAUUGAUAGUUGGCAUUCUGAGAUCCAUCCUUUGUGGUUUCACUGGUUUGUGCCUCUUCAGCAUCUUGGAUUACUUUGUUUCAAUGGAAAACCAAAGCUCUGUCUCGUCUCUUACUUUGUUAGUGUUGAAAAAAGUUGAA